GAAAGUCUUUCUGAGGGACCACCUUCUUUUGGCUUCAAUCUCUCUUACUCUUGACAUCUGAGUAGCUCAGUGGGAAGCUCCUCCAGGUCCGAGUGUUUAUAUGUAAAGGAGACUGGCCGCUAGGGCUCAAGCCCAGGAUUAUCCCAGCUCUGCAGAAACGCAGGGAUAUUGCUGUGGGAAGGGGGCCCAAAGGUCACACUGUCUCCAGUGAAAACUGACAGAGCUUGGUAGCGAUUGGAACCUCCGUGAAGUCUUCUCUUUGGGCACUGAGACUUGCAUGCUAUGGAACACCCGCUCUUUGGCUGCCUGCGCAGCCCUCACGCCACCGCGCAAGGCUUGCACCCGUUUUCCCAGUCCUCUCUCGCCCUCCAUGGAAGAUCGGACCAUAUGUCCUAUCCUGAGCUCUCCACUUCGUCCUCGUCUUGCAUAAUCGCAGGCUACCCCAACGAGGAGGGCAUGUUUGCCAGCCAGCACCACAGGGGCCACCACCAUCACCACCAUCACCACCACCAUCACCACCAGCAGCAGCAGCAGCACCAGGCUCUGCAGACCAACUGGCACCUCCCGCAGAUGUCCUCCCCUCCGAGUGCGGCUCGGCACAGCCUCUGCCUUCAGCCAGACUCGGGCGGCCCCCCAGAGCUGGGGAGCAGCCCGCCGGUGCUAUGCUCCAACUCGUCCAGCUUGGGCUCUAGCACCCCGACCGGGGCUACGUGUGCGCCAGGGGACUACGGACGCCAGGCGCUGUCGCCCGCGGAGGCGGAGAAGAGAAGUGGAGGCAAGAGGAAAAGCGACAGCUCAGACUCCCAAGAAGGAAAUUACAAGUCAGAAGUCAACAGCAAACCCAGGAAGGAAAGGACAGCGUUUACCAAAGAACAAAUCAGAGAACUUGAAGCAGAAUUUGCCCAUCAUAACUAUCUGACAAGACUGAGGCGAUAUGAGAUAGCAGUGAACCUGGAUCUGACUGAAAGACAGGUGAAAGUCUGGUUCCAGAAUAGGAGAAUGAAGUGGAAGAGGGUAAAAGGAGGACAGCAAGGAGCUGCAGCUCGAGAAAAGGAACUGGUGAAUGUGAAAAAGGGAACACUUCUCCCUUCAGAGCUUUCGGGAAUUGGAGCGGCCACCUUACAGCACACAGGGGACUCUCUAGCAAAUGAAGAUAGUCACGACAGUGACCACAGCUCUGAGCAUGCGCAUUUAUGAUACAUGCCAAGAGGACUAGCUCCAUUCUCAGGAAAGCAAUAUUGUGAUGGCAAGCCUUACCCUAACAUCGUUUACACAGAAAGAUGAUUAUAACAGUGGGUUUUAUUAUUAUCAUUAAGGUCAGGCAUUUCCUGUCUGGUUUUUGUGAUUUGUAAAGGGUUUACCCUAAGUAUCACUUAUUAAAGUUGCCUCCACAGUGAAGAAGGCAAACCUAAACUUGCUUUGAAUGUUCCAGAUAUUUAGUCAUGCAUGUGACAGUGGGCAGGUGUGUUUGCGUUUGCUUGCACUGAAAGUUAAAUUGCUAUCAAGAGCAAACCGGGAGGCAUUUAUCGUUCAUGAUGCCUCCUGAGUGAAGAUGCCGAAGAUAAAAGGACUUUGAGUAUUCCAGAUGCAUGUGAUCACGUGUCUGAGAGUGGGCAGGUAUUUGCUUUUGCUUGCACUGAACAAUUAAAUUGCUAUCAAGAAAAAAAAAACCAUGAAGCAGUUUGUCCUGAACAACCACAGUGCCUGAAAUCACUCCUAAGUGGAUAUAAAAUGUAUUUUAAUGCUGUAUAUAUUAUCUUUAACUCAUUUUUUCUGUCCUCACUAAUUUUAGCAAUACAGUCAUGUUAGCUGAUGAAAAUAGACGCUCACAAUGACGGUCAGCUUCUUGUCUUUUUAUAUCUUUUUUCAUCCCAAAGAAAAUCAGUACAUGCUUUCUUGUGUUCAAGUAGAGAAAAAUGCAGUAGAGUCUGAUAGGACAUAUUCUUGUACCACAGACAAAACAAAUCUUAUGUUGCAUUUACUAUCAACUGCUGCUAAUAAAUAUUUUAAAACUUACCUAGCUCCUCAAUUCUUCCUAUCUUAUAGCUUGAAAAAAAUAUUUAGGAUCAUAGGCAAGUCAGUAACCUUGCAGAAAGAGCUUUGUAUGACAGAUGUUGUCCGGCUUUACUUCUAUAAAAUGUUAGCUUUUAUAAAUAUGAUUUAAUUAAGAAGAAAAGGGGUUUCUCCCAGUUAGUAAUAGACAAGUUGCAAAGCAAAGUUGAUUCCUCAUGUUAAUAAACAGCACAUUACUGAAUGUUUUGAAAUGAAAUACAAUAAAGACUCAUUAUUUUUUCAUAUGUAAUGUAUUCAUAAUGAACAGCAACUUUGUAUUUUGUAAAAGGAAAAAGUGUUUAAUAAAUGAUCCUUUGUAAAUAA